CCUCGAGGAUAUCGUGCGAAGCUUUCCACCACACGAACCUUUACUCGCAGACAGGGGCGGGCGACCAAGAAGAAGCGAAGGAAGAGGGAAGAUUGGAGACGACGAUAUGGACUUCAACUUUACCGGUUCGCUCACGCAGCGCAACAUCAACCUCGGCUCCCGGUCCGAGGUGACGUCUUCGCAGCUUGCGCAGCAUGCGCGCGACCAGCGCGCCGCUCGGCAGGAGCUCAAGCGGCGCCAGGCGGCCGCCACGCGCAUACAAGCAGCCUACCGGGGAAGUGCAGCAGCUGGUGGCGUGCGAGAUGUGGUCAGGAGACAGGCAGAGGCGUCGCUCGGCACGUUGGAAGGCGAGGGAGAGCGCGGCUUCGAGCAAGUGUCGAGGUUGGUGGCAAGGGCGACAAGCCGGCCGAGGAUGGUGAAGCAGCUUGUGAGAGCAGCAGGUGGGAGAAGAGCUACAGGAAGAGAGCUACUGGUGCUGUCCAGGGACGACGAGCUUCUUUUGGCAUGGGCGAAGAAUGCCCUAAGAGCAGGUUCAGAUGGAAUUCCGAGAGUGCUCUCCACGACGACUACUUCGUCACAUUCUUCAUCGUACCCUUCCCAGCUGCGGACGAUUCUUGGGACAAUUCUCUUCCACCUCUUGGUGCAGAACGGCGCCCAGCAGGCAACCUAUCAGCCCUACUUGGACCUCUUCACUGCCCUUGCACCAAGCAGUUGGGGCACCUGGAUCACAGAGGCUGGCCUCUACCGAGCGAUCAGGUCACACCUUCUGAGUUUCCCUGUCAAGCGAGACGCUUCCGCCACACUCAAAGCGGCCGUUUCGCUGCUGUUUUUCCCGCUGAGGCAGGACACGCCCGCCGAGAGAUCGCAUGCCCUCUAUCAAUUCGCGAUCCGCUGCUUUGUCGCAGACAUUUUGACGAUCCCCAACCUUUCACAACGAAUUCCUCUAGACUCGCUACAAGCCCUCGCCACCAGCAUUCCCUUCGCCGAAAUUUGUAGACUGCUGGCCGCUGAGCCAGCUGGGAGCCUUGAUGGCGUUCAUUCGACUUUGGUCCUGGCAAAUCUUUUGGCAUUGUGCUCGAAGCGAGUGCCACACUUGGCGGACGGGGCGAGCGUCAAGAACUAUCUCAUCGCACUCACGAAGCUGCAAGACGCCAUUCCUGCCGGCACUCUCGUCUCGCUCAGCAGUCUAUCGAAGGAGAGCGGCGUCAAUGCUCUCGAUCGGGUGACGUUGACAAAGUUGCACAUCCUCCCCUCCAACGAUCAUCUGGCCGCACUUCUGGCCGCUUCCAGCCGCUUUCCGACGAGCUCCCGCGAGGUCUUUUGCGCUUUCCUCGCUUCGACGCUCUACAGCUGGGAUGGCUCCACGAGGGAGUCAGUCCUGUCUUCCAUCGCCAUUGGCCUUGGAGGCAACGCGCAGGGCAGCACCAUGGGUGGGCUGGUGAGAGAGCUCUGGCGAGGAUGGGUUCGCUCGACUCCCUUGUUUCACAAGCUGUCGAGCGACGCACCCGCCUCGGCAAAGAAGCUCGCCUCGAUGCUUUCCGACCAGAGCUUGGCAAAGUCUUGGCCUUGCCUCGUCGUACUCGCCGAGCUCUACUCGCGCUCGCUGUUGACGAUGGGCGAUGACGAAUUCUACCCCGACUCGAGCAGCUCCGUGACCCUCGGCAGCUCUUCGGCGUCGAGCACCUUGCGCAACCCAUUGACACUGGACGAGGUCGUGACGCUGUCGAGCCUACUGCGGAACCUGGCCUUUGGCAUGUUCUGGUUCGAAGGAUCUUCGUCAGAGCUCUCAAACUUGGGCGAGAAGCCAGUCGCGGGCAUGAGGAUGGAUCUCCUGGCGCUGCGCAGCCUCGCUGUCCGUUUGCUCCAGCAGAUUCACCAGCGCGACAGUCGCAGGCAAUUCACACCAGAAGGCCAUUGGCUCAUGACGAACCAGUGGGAUCUGCAGUCCUUUAUCCAGAGCGUCGUCAUGGAGGAGAAGGCCAACUUGGAAUCGCUCGCGGCGCAGGAGCAUGGCGAAGACGACGGAGCUGAUAUGCGACAGGUGGCAGUCGACGCAAACGAGGAUGCCGUGAUGGCAGACGAUGAUGAGUCGCAGAUGCAGCGACCCCGACACGGCACCCGAUCGGCGGCGCGGGCCAUCUCUGCUCGCCAGAGGGCAUUUGUGUCCCCUCGAAUCGGCGUGCUGAACAACAUUCCCUUUGUCGUUCCCUUUACGGUUCGGGUCGAGAUCUUCAGAGAGUUUGUGCGCUUGGACGCCCAACGCCACGGAAUCCUGCGCGACGUGUACCAGCACGCUGUGCAUACCGUAACGAUCCGUCGCACCAAUCUGGCCGAAGACGGAUUUGUACACCUCAAUCGGCUCGGACCGGCGCUCAAGAACCGAUUCGAAGUCAAAUUCAUCGAUCAAUUUGGUCAGGAAGAGAGCGGAAUCGACGGAGGUGGUCUCUUCAAGGAAUUUCUCACCUCGCUCGUCAAGGAGGCUUUUGAUACAGAUAGAGGCCUUUGGCGCGCCACAGAAGAGCAGCAGCUGUAUCCGAAUCCACACUCGUACGCCAAGCAAGAGGAUCAGCUCGAGUGGUAUCGAUUUCUGGGGCGAAUGCUUGGCAAGGCUCUUUACGAAGGCAUCCUCAUUGAUGUCAACUUCGCCUCCUUCUUUCUCUCGAAAUGGUUGGGCAAGCAAAGCUAUCUCGAUGACGUUGCCUCGCUUGACUCGCUCGACAAGACGCUCUAUCGCAACCUCAUGUGGUUGAAGCACUAUCCAGGUGACGUCGAAAAGGAUCUCGCCCUUGACUUCACAGCGUCCGACGACGAAUUUGGCGUGAGCAAGAUCACGCCUCUGAGACCGGGGGGAGCAACCGAAAGCGUGACACGAUCCAACCGGCUGGCGUACAUCUACCUCGUCGCACACUACCGGUUGUCGGUACAGAUUCGUCCACAGUGCAACGCUUUCCUAGAAGGUCUGACGGACCUCAUCGACCUGCGCUGGCUCCAGAUGCUCGACCGAGAGGAGCUCCGCGAGCUUGUCUCAGGUACGGGCGAAGCCAUCGACCUGGCCGACCUGCGGAAACACACGCAUCUCAGCGGCUACCACGAAAAGGACGACGUCGUGCAAUUCUUCUGGCAGGCACUUGAGUCGUUUGACCAGAAGCAGCGUAAAGCGUUUUUGAAGUUUGUCACGUCGUGCCCCUCUGCGCCACUGCUCGGCUUUAGCCAGCUCAAUCCGCAGCUGGCCAUCAGGCACUCGGGCGAGGAUCCAGAGAGGCUUCCGACGGCUUCGACGUGCGUCAAUCUGUUGAAGCUGCCCCGUUAUUCGACGUACGAGCAGUGCAGGCAGAAGCUCCUCUACGCCAUCCAGUCAGAAGCAGGCUUUGACCUGAGCUAGCGUCUCUCUCCUCUCUUCCCAUCUUACAGCUGGACCGUUUCAACCUUGAUUCUCUCGUCUCUUUCAUGUCAACAAUAUUACCCUCUUCGCUGUCUCGUCGGGGACAAAGGUUGUAAAUCAGACAAUUAGAUUUCUAUUCGACAAAGACAGGAAAG